ACUGAAUCACUCUGCAAAUAUGGCGUAGGUUUCUACAAAAUGCAGUGGUAGAUUAUUAGUUGUCAAUUCUGAAUUUUAAAUUAAAAGACAUGCACUUAGGAUAAGACUUAAUCCAAUCAAUAAGUGAAUUAAGGAAGUUUAAAUGUGAAAUGUGAAUUUUGCGCAAUGGAACAACAAUUGACUAACUAAGAGAUAGAACGGCUGUGUAAAUUAUUGAGACUUCUUCAAUCUAAGUGGUAAAUAUAAAAGAAAAAUGGGUAAACAAAACAGCAAACUUAAACCUGAAGUCUUAGAGGAUCUGAAGCAAAACACUGAAUUUUCAGAUGCCGAGAUACAAGAAUGGUAUAAAGGAUUUUUAAAGGAUUGUCCAAGUGGACAUUUAUCAGUAGAGGAGUUUAAAAAAAUAUAUGGGAAUUUUUUCCCAUAUGGGGAUGCUAGUAAGUUUGCAGAACACGUGUUUCGGACAUUUGAUGCUAAUGGCGAUGGUACUAUAGAUUUCCGGGAGUUUCUUUGCGCUCUCAGCGUCACAUCUCGCGGUAAACUCGAACAGAAAUUGAAAUGGGCCUUCUCAAUGUACGACCUCGAUGGAAACGGGUACAUUUCGCGACAAGAGAUGCUGGAAAUUGUUACCGCAAUUUACAAGAUGGUCGGCUCUGUCAUGAAAAUGCCCGAAGACGAAUCGACGCCCGAGAAGCGAACGGAUAAAAUAUUCCGCCAGAUGGACCGGAACAAAGACGGCAAGCUAUCUCUCGAAGAGUUUAUCGAGGGUGCUAAGAGCGACCCGUCUAUUGUUCGGCUGUUGCAGUGUGACCCUCAGUCUCAGUGAUACCUCAGAUACUAAUCGGCUACAGCAAGCGUUCAAGAACCACUUAUCUAUAUCCAAUUUAGAAACCUAAUUUGUAUAUUAUCACACUUGUAUAAUGCUUAUAAGAGCUAGUGCGCGCUGCAAAGCGCUAUUGCACGAGAAAUCUAUAGAUUGUCCCGUUGCUUAGCUCUUGUUGAAUUCUUCCACUUUCUUUUUAUACAGCCUUCUAUCCAUAUCUUAUCUAUUUAACGUGCCGUCGUGACUCUACGUUACGACGCAAAGAGUUCAGUGAUUUGGACUUACGCAAAAGCAGCUCUUCGCCAGGGCUUUAUUAGGGUAUAAGCUUACAGUAUUGUAUUCUAUAUUUGGGGAUUAUAAAUAUGUUUAGUGUCUACACAGACGUGAAAAUAAUUGAAUGAGCAAACGUGUUUUAUUCUCUUAUUAGACUUAUAAUUGGUUAAGUCCAUUGCAUUGAUAAUUUCAUGGGAUCCUAUGAAUUUAUGCUUUAGUUUAAAAAAUGCUUGCUUUUGCGUUAUUCCUAAAUCGCCAUAUGUAAGUUAUUAAUGAAUAUAAUAUUUAUAAUUAAGAGUUGUUGAGCGGAUUUUUGCGUCCGCGUGUAUUGGACAUAAAUAAUAAUAACUUAUUCAUAUAAGGGCAGAUUAUAGUAUUCGUACAAUAUUCUUCCCAAUAAAAAUGGAACGUAACACUUGGGACAGGGCUGUGAAGUUAACUUCGUUGAAAGCAUCACAUCAAUUUUAGAGUUAAGGUGACAUGACAUGUCUAGGAAGAGAUUCGAGUUGAGCCCAAUUAUCUCAAACAAAUUACACAUCGAAAUAAAUCCUUCAUAUAUCACAUAUAUGUUGUUUGUACAAUUAUUAUUAUUAUUAUUUAUAUUUUUUUUUAUUUCCGGCAACUACUGGAAUGGUUGCUUUUUUGAUGUUAUUAUUUAUAUACAUCAAGUAAUUUUAUAUAAAAAAAGAAUAAAAAAUGUAAAAAAAAAUUAAACAGCUGUAUGUAUAUCAAAUACUGAUAAUUAUCAAAAUUAAAUUAUUCUAUACCGUACAUAAUUUCUUCGAUGUGGCUUGUAAUGAAAUAUUUAUAUUAGAUUAUAUCUAUGUAUAAACAUAUAACAAAGAUCUGAUUUAGCCUUUACUUGGAACGGAUUAUCAUAUUAAUAUACAAUAAAUAUGUUAGUGACUUUAAUAAUUAAUUCUAAAAACCGUCAUUUUAUAAUUAAGAUACAUAUAUGUGUAGCUAGGUUUAUUAUGUAGACGCAGGAAUAUUAAUUUAUCAAUAUACACGUUAUGGUAUAUGGCGAAAGCGAAGAUUUGUAUACAAAAUAACAUACAGUCAGUCUGUUCAGAAAUUAUUGAAAUGCGACUGAUUUCGGUAAACCUGAUGUGCAUACUACUGCAAUUCCAUUUGGAUAUCUUAACAAUGUGUCAUUGAGCCCUUUUUGACCACUAUACUCAUGACUUAUACAUUUUUACGAAUUCAAUAUAGAAUUCGGUGCCUUCCUAGUAAGACUCCUUUGGUCCCGAGUACCCACUAGUCUUACAUAUUCGACGCCAUUUCGACUAUUCGAAUAAUGUGUCUUCCUAAAUCAAGAAAAAUAUUUUGAAAUACACCGUAUAUUUAAAUAAUUUUUAUUUACAUAAUAUUAUAAUAUGGACGUCGUACCUUGACUACGCCAAGAGAUGGCGCUGCUUCCAAAAAUGAUUAAUUAUUUACACAGAUGAAAUAUAUUAUAUAUUAAUCUGUUUAAUUUGUUUCUUUUUUAAUUCCGGUGAAAAUUUAGGUUGAUAAACAGGUUAAUUAAAUUCGUCAUUAUCUUCUUUAUUGUCGAUAGUAAGUAUUUUGCAGCUCUAGUUUGUUCAUGGGUACCUCGAAUGUCUUGUUUAGGUAUUAAAAUUGUCAGGUCGGUCGAUUUAAUUUGCACAACGCCAACGUUAUACGCAACAAGCAGAUAUAUUUUUUAAUAAAACAAAUUUUGGCGACAUAGUUAUGGAUUUCCCUGAUAUUAUUAAGGUUUAGUUUUUAAUAAAAAUGUUCUAAACUUAAUUAUAGUCGAGUCAAUCUAAGUAUUAUUCAAUUACUUUAUUUUAUUUAAAACGGUUUGUGGAAAUUAUAUAUAAUAUAUUAUGGUUAGUGUAUAUUUGCUAAUAAUUAGGAGUCGACAAUCAUGCAGAUCGGAAGCUUAGUCGGUACAGAUGGACAAGUUCAUCGAGUCACGCAGGUGACAGUGGUUUGCAGUAAAAGUAAAGUAUGAAAACCUAAAGACUAAAUGAAAUAUAAAAUUAAUUAUAAGUGAUUAUCUGUAGUAUAUAAAGAAUUGUUAAAUUGUAUAUUAUUAAUAGUCUCAUUAGAAUACAAGUCCAUACUCCAAAAGCCCAUGCCUUAUUAUGCAACCAAGUGGUUGAUUACAACUUAUGAAACGUAUAAUAUCAUAGAGUAUCACAACAUUUUAAUCGAUUAGGUUAACAUUUACAUAAAUUAGUCAAAUGUAAUAUAAGACUUACUUAUAUCGCUACAGUAUCGCAGUUCUGCAGAGGUAAAUCAAUUCUAAAAAUUAGGUGUUCACCUAGAUAUCGUGUUGUUUCUGUAGAUAUUCUCAGGAUACAAUUAGUUUCUACGUACGUGGUUAUAUAUAAUUAGUAGAUUAACAUUAUGAUCAGAUUGAAUAUUAUUGAUAUGAAUUAUUAGAAUAAAAGACAUCGUUACAAUAUAUGUAAUUCGAUUCAUGCUUACGUUGCAACUUGUCGACUCAAACAUUACUCAUUAUUUCAUUCUUUUUUUUUUUUAAUUAUGAUGAUUAAGUUUAGUCCUGAUCUUAAUUUUAAUGGGUUUUUUGAGAUUUUAUAUAAUUUUUUUAGAGAAUCUCUUUUUUUUUUUAAUUUUAGGAACGUAUUUUAGCGGAUACGUUUCAUUUAAUAAUUUUAUUUUUAAUUGAAUAUAUUCCAAUAAUAUAUAUAUUUUCACAUUUUAACAGUAUUAUUAAAACCUUUAUUUGUUUUUGAAAAAAGUAAUGAACCAUUUUUAUUUAUUUAUAUAUAUUUUUCGCAAUCAUUGUUUUAUCAAAUAUUUGUAGGUCUAUAUAUGUAUAAUUAAUGGUUUAUAACAUUAAUGUUUCUCAUUUUAUUAACAUUUUAAUUAAAAGCACAAUUUUCCCUCGCACAAUAAUAAUGUUUGUAUUUAUUUAAUUAUAUUUAAAAUAAAUUUCAUUUACUUUAGUAGUUCUGUGGCAAUUGCAACGCUAACUUUUGGGUAAUCGGGAUACUUAAAUACUUCUCAAAUGAGCCGAAGUGAUUGAAGAUUAAAAGUUAAAAGGAUACGUUUUAUAGUAAAUAACUAUGAUAGUUAAUUUAAGCGUAAAAUCUAGAAAUAUAUCAUAUUAUAUUAUUGUAAAAAAAUUUGUUGAUUGAUACUAUUUUUUUACAUAAGCAAUGGCCAUAUAGCGAUUAAAUUCAACAAAUCUACGAAUUUUUUGUAAUAUUUAUACAUGUUAAGAACUCGAUGCUUAUUUUGUUCGUAUUAAACCGAGCAAUGUAAUCGCACCAACGACAAGUAUCCACCGUGGAUUCGUUGACUAAAUAUGGGACUUAUGAUACCGUGUUACCAGUUCGAAUAUUGUCAAUGUUUAAAAAUAUUUUGCCCGUACAAUACAUUAGAAUUUUUAACAGCUGACUGCUAAGAUAGCAAAUACCGCAUUACAAUAGGAUUUAUAAAGGUAACAAUCUUGACAUUAGGAUUAAUAUUUUACAAUUUUACUUUUUAUGAUAAUCGUUAAAUAAAUGCCAUUCUUCGAUUUAAAUAUAAGGUCUGUAUUUGUCUGUUUUAUUUACGAUAUAAUAUACUUAAUAACGAAAAGAAUUCUUAAGUAGAAUAAUCACUAUAAAUGCUAACAGUAUGUAUAACAUUGAUGAAUGUGUAUUAUAUUACUCUUGAACAACAAAAUGAUUAGUUAUACUUUGAAGAAUGUUCUAGAAACUUCACGGUUUCAGAAACUUGUCGCCUUAGUCUCCCUAAGGUUUAAAAUUGACUUUGGGCACUUACCUCCUGGUGCUUAAGAUAAUAUACGUAUUGGUAUUAUAUCACAAGGGCUCUAUUCGCAUUAUUUGCAAUAAUAAUAACCACCAGCCUAUAAAGUCAAUAUGAUUUUUUGUGGAAACUACCAUUUCUGAAAACUUGACCUUCAAAAUGUAGUUUUGUUCGGAUUGAAGUUGACUUGACACGGCGCGAAUAUAUAUUCGUAUUUGAUCUGGUGGCACCCCACCUAAGGGCUGAAGAAAGCCGAAAACGUGAUAGGGAUUUAUAUAGAUGAGUCUAAGUGAUUGUGGACGCUACGUUAGGUGUUCAUUAUUUAUAUGACAAAUUCUAAAGACAAAGCAAUAAAUGCUAUUUCAAUGUAUAAUGUGAUUUAGUACUUUGAUCUGUGUAAUUUUAGUGAUGAUAGAACUUCAUCACAAAUCUUCGUAGAAUCACUAUUGGUGCGAUUCGAUUGAUUUAUUUGUGCAAAUACGAGUAGUACAAAAGGAUUCAGAGACUGUAAUUGUUAAUGGAUGUAGUUGAAGUGCUCUUGCAAAGAGAAUAGAUAAAUAUAAAUGAAAACACAUUAUUUUAUGUACGCAGCUACCAGAUUAAUCGCAAUGAUUAUUUGGUUGUUAGAAUUAAAAUGGCGUUGAAUGUUAAAUACUUUCGAAACUUAUGCAAUAAACCUAAUAAAUUCACAUCAGUGAUGUAAUGUAAAAGAGAGAAAUAUUUUUAAUAGAUAAUUUUAAACGCAUAUCGAUUGUUAGAUGUUCGAAAAAUUUUAUGGAAUUUAAUCUUCCGACUACGACUUUCUUGUUUGAUAAGUACUUCCUUCUCGAUGUUAAAGACAUUAGUGUUCUUAUUCAAAAGAAAAAAUCAAAAAUCAUUUGCGUAUUUAUAAUGUGUCUCAAUGUUAUAUUUAAGUAAACUAGUAUUUAACAUUUUAAAUUAAAUAACAAUGUACCUAAUCAAUUCUCCUUACAACUCUCAUUGAUUGUUUACAAAUGUUUUAGCUUAUUCUAAAAAUAAUCUUUCAAAAUUCCCAUUGUUGAGUUAAAUAAUAAUAGGGAGUGUAAACUGUCCGGCAUGACAACCGUGGCACACACUGCACAGGUCCUAUUCUCGGUCGAAGCGGCAACGUCGCACACCCCUGUUGCGAACGACUUGCAUCUUUUCUUGAGUCCGUAAAUAUAAAUUAUUUACUUUAAAUCUAUGCAACGAUGUAAUAUACUCAAUAAAAUUCUUGAAUUAGAAAUACAAUAAAAUUGAAAACUUUGAGCAAAAUAAAUGAAACUAAUACUAAAAAAUUUAAUUUUUUUUAUUUUUUUUAGGUUUCUUUACGGUCUUCCAGUAUAUUAAGCGGUAGUGAACUAACUUAAUGCUCCUUACUACAACAUACACUUCAAUCGGUUUCAAGAAACGGUUCUAUAGCACCACACUAGUUCUAGACUAUUUUUAAACUUGACUAAAGCAAUGGCUUCGAUUAUUUGUUCUCAUUUGUCACAUCUAUUAUACGGUAUUUAUAGUCUCAUAUAUUGUAAACGUGCUACUUUAACUUUACCUUAUACCUUCUACUUCUUAAUAUGGUACACAUUUUCCCUUAACACGUAGUUAGAGAAGAAUUCGCUCCCCACAUGCUUCUAACGCCUCUUUGAAAUUUUACAUUUUAAUAUAAUUAAUCACAUAUAAAAUCUAUGGUGCAUAAAUGUUCUAUGAGAUUAAAAAUACUUAAGUAAUUUAAUAAUCUGUAAUUAUUUUUUGUAAGUAUCAAUAACUAUUUAGUUAGCUUUAUAAUAUCUUAUUAUAAUUUAAUACAGGGUGCUAUUGAUUUGAGUAAGUCAUUUACGCAGCGAUACAUUUGAUUAAAACGACGGUAGACAAUUUUCAAUUGUAUCUCUAGAUUUGUAUUUCAUUUAUCAAUAAAUUUGCAAUUGCAAUUAAAAUAUUGUAAAUAUUGUAUUCUGAUGUUGUAAAUUUUGUUAAUGUUAUAAAAAUAAAUUCAUAAUUGAAGAAAAUCAAAUGUGUCGCUACGUCGAACGGUUGUAUUUUGUGCCCCACUUUAUGUGAAGAACUCGUCGUAUGAUGGUCCUUUAACCUAUGUACAGGAAGCGUUCGCUUUCUUAGAAAAAUUACGAAAAAAAACUUCAGACUGGAUGUUACUGAGUUAUUUAUGAAAUAUUUAUUUUAAAAAAAAGCUCUUACAUCACAAAUAGUUUGAGAACUAUUACAAUGUUGCGUGCAACAUAUCAUUUUGCUUAUAUCUAAACUUACUCUCGGUGUCAUUAAUGGUAUCUAAGGCCAGCUUAGUAAUAUUUCAAUGAACUCGUUGGCCACCCGUCGUAAAACCUAUUGUCACUGAAUAAUAGCACCCUAAUCCUAAAUGUUUCCGACAAUUAUCGUAUGUCAGAUAAAAAUUACAAUUAUUAUAAAUGUUUGGCUCAAAGAUAUGAUGUCAUAUAAUUAUUCUGUGUAGUCAAUUUGUAAUUCCUUAAAUUUAAUUUAAUAUUGAUCUAGUUCUGAUACUGUUUUAGAUUAAAAUUAAUAUAUCUAUUUAUUAAAUCUUUCUUCUCUCA